GUGUUCUGUGGGAGUAUGAUGGCCAUACUUCUCUUCAUCUGUUUGUCACAGUUUAGCCACACAAGAGCUCCACUCUGAGUCACAGCUCUGGAAAAACACACAACAAACGGUAACAUGAUAAAAGACAACUCCACACUAACAACACUAACACAACAGUUACACAAUAGUAACACAACAGUAACGCAACCCAACUCAACAAAAAGUGCAGUUACACAACACAACAGUAACACAACACAAACAACAGUUACACAACACAACUGUAACGCAUCACAAAAGUAACACAAAACCACCAUGCCACACACAAAGCAGGCUAUCCAUUUUCCCAGUGUCUAUGUAUGGCUUUCUUCAGAUACACAGGCUGUAAUUAAGCAACAUUUUCCUGUUUUGCUUUGCUCUAGGCAUCGUCUUUAGUGUGAGCUGGUACUGACUGCAUAUCUAAGUAUCUCUGGCCACCCAUGGCUUCACCAGUAUGGUCUGUGAGGCAGAUCUGCAGCUCAAUAGAUUCAGACAGCAUAAUGGACAUUAUAUCUGUCAAGACUUUUGAACGAGUAAAUGUAGGGGUGAGAAACUGAGGCAAAGUUUAAGGAGAGAAAGUUUAAGGAGUAAGAAGUGUUUUGCAGAUAUCAAAGUUAUCGCUUCCCCUUUUCAAGCCAAAGGUUGCGUUACGUUAAUGCUAGAAUGUUUUGUGUGUGUGUGUGUGUGUGUGUGUGUGUGUGUGUGUGUGUGUGUGUUUCUUUGUGUGUGAGUGUGAGUGCAUGCACGGUCUUCUGUGUCUGUGACUUGUUAGCACCUUGACAUCUAUGUAUCCACCUGUCAACUCUCCUUCAAUUUAUCUUUCCUCAAACCUCUUAUACCCUCCCCCUUUUCACCCCUCUAUCCUUCCAUCCAUUCAUUCACUGCCGCCCCUUUACAUCUCGACCAUUUCUGCAUUCAUCUCAUUCUCUCCAUCCUGACGAGAUGAGAUGUGAGAGGAGGAGGGGGUGGAAGAAGCUGGCUGCGGAGCCGGACUACACGGACGUGUCCCUGAGCGCGGUGGAGCGCGUGCGGGCGCUCACCAAGAUGGGCUGCAGCGUGGAGAUCAACGAGGACAUCACGCCGCGGCGCUACCUCCGCUCGGGGGUGGAGAUGGAGCGCAUGGCGGCGGUGUACCUGGAGGAGGGCAGCCUGGAGAACGCCUACGUCCUCUACAACAAGUUCAUCACGUUGUUUGUCGAGAAACUUCCCAGCCAUAGGGACUACCAUCAGUGUAGUGUUCCAGAGAAACAGCUCAUCAUGAAGAAACUUCAGGACGUGGCGUUUCCCCGUAAGGACGAGCUGAAGAAGCUGCUCCACGAGAAGUACAACAAGGAGCACACAGAGCACCUGAGAGCCCAGAGCCAGUCAGUGGUGGUGGACGGGCGUGUCCAGCACCCACCUCCACACCUCUCCUUCUUGGACAGGGAGAGACAUCGGCUCUCCCUAUUGGAGGAGGAGAAACAGAGGGUAGCCUCGCUCAGGCGAAUGCAGAUAGAAUCAGAACAGUUCCGCUUCUUUGAGGACCAACUACGACGGCAGGAAUUAGCCAAUCGGAAAGGAGAGGAGUUGGAGCAGAAGACCGAGCAUAAAGUGCCUGAAGUGACUGACGGUUCCUGCCUGUCCAGGCAGCCAAUCAAAAACAAUGUGCGCGCCCAGGGGGCUGACCCCAACAGGAAUAAAUCGGCUGUGCAUGUUAGUAGGCCAGCUGCCUCUCUCACUGGAGCACAGACCCAGCGUAUUGAAGGUUUGAGGAGAGUUGCUAUUCCCAGAGACCUGACGUAUCGCUUCCUGUUAUUGGCCGACUCCAAUACGGCUAGGGGGAUCGAGACCUGUGGAGUGCUCUGUGGAAAACUGACCCAGAAUGAGUUCCUGCUGACCCAUGUGGUGGUUCCUAAGCAGUCCGCCGGGCCAGACUUCUGUGACAUGGAGAACGUGGAGGAACUGUUCAGCUUCCAGGACCACCACAACCUGCUAACGCUGGGCUGGAUACAUACCCACCCCACCCAGACAGCGUUCCUGUCCAGUGUGGACCUCCACACACACUGCUCCUACCAGCUCAUGCUGCCUGAGGCCAUCGCCAUUGUGUGUGCACCCAAACACAACGAUACGGGUGUUUUUAAGCUGACCAGCCCGGGCAUGGCCGAGGUGUCGGCCUGCAGACUGAAAGGGUUUCACCCUCACUCUAAAGAGCCGGUUCUGUUUACCAUCUGUAAACAUGUGGUCGUGAGGGAUUCAAAAAUUAGCGUGCUGGACCUCAGGUGACAAACAGAGGGCGCUGUUUCUCCACCUACACACAUCCUAUUUUUACAGUGUUGUUUACUUGAGGCUUUUAUUAAUAUUUAUUUAUCUCUUUUUUUUUUACUGUGAAUUGGAAAUGCUUGGCUUUAUUGUGUGACCAAUGUGCUAAUCAAGCGCCAGAACGUGUUGGAAGUAUCUUGGCUGUGAGAAGUGGUGAAAAAAUAAUACGCUUUUGUCGUUGCUAAAAUUAAGCAUUUGACAAAUUGAGCAGUGCAUUUGAGGAUUGCUGAGGAGAUGACUUCAGUCGGAUUAAGGUGAAGAGUUUUCUUUAGGUGACUGAGGGUAGUUUUAACAAAAUAGAGAGGGAAAUGUGAAUUAACAAUUCUAUUCUUUUGUAUUGCUUAUUCUAUCAAACGUGUAUCUGGUGGAUCUCAGGCCAAAAGGGUACCUCAGCAUACACGUCCGGGCGAUUUAUAAAACGUCGUCUAAUGGUGUUACAACCAACGAGGCGGGAAAAAGCCACGAAGGCCCAGCGACGAAAGACGCUUGCGGCCAUCCGACGUUCCUCGUAUACCUGCGCUUGUAGAACGCCAUUUCCUUUACGGCCAGGGUUAGUGCUCACAUGUUUGUCGUUCAUGCGUUUAAGCCACAGAAUGCAAGCCGUAUGCUGUAUUGCCAUAGUUCACCUAAAGUGAGCUUUAUCAUUCUUAUUUUUAUGUUGCAGUGGAACUUGGAGGGGGGUUCUGUGAUAUGUGCUUUUUUAUAAAACAACUCUAAACAGUGACCUUGUGUCCGCUAUCUCAGAGUCAGUUAACAUUGAUAACUAAUGAACAAUAACAAGCUACAUUCACACUCCCAACAUUAUUUGACGCAACAGACAAAAAAAUUCCUUACCGUAUAACCUCUGCUAGCUCCUUAAUAACCUUUAGCUGACUCCACUAAGUUGCUAUGGAUCAAAUAAUUUCUGCAAUGACUGAAUGGUAGCAAACACUGAUCACAUUUGUUACUAUUUAUUUUUCAAUAUUAACUAAUACUUUCCAAUAAUAAAUACUGAGAAGAUAUACACCUUAUUUGCGGGACCAAACCCUGAAUCUGUACAACCCACAAUGCUUUGCAGCACCUGGUCGAGGUCAUCUGUGCUGUGUCUGAACCGCUUCCCUGGUUUAAGCUGUCCUUUUUCCCGUGCGAUGGUAAAAAGAGCUGAGGCAGAACGUGAGGGCAGUGAACCUGACUACCUCAACCAACCAUGUGUAGAGUUGCGCCCCAGGCUUUCCCUCACAGUUUAGUAUCAUAGCUGGGUUUUGUUUUAUAAGUGCAGUCGGGAGUGCCCUUUAUAGCUUGAAAAAAAAUCUAGUUUUGACAGUAAUCGUUUUGUCUUUGAGUGGGCAGUGUGACGUGAGAGAGAGGACCGCAGUGAUGCAGUACGUGUACUUUUUUUUUUUAAAGGGAUUACUCUUCCUCCCUUAAACAUGGAUCAAUGGUUCCAUAUUAGUCUAUACUCCAGCUCGUACCUUCUGGCAAUAUAACGCCUUUUAUGUUCUUCUCGCUAGUUUCAAAGGUACUCAAAGUGCAAAAAUGUGGACAUUUGCUUGGAAGGCAUUCUUUUAACUCCCAUUGAAAUUGGCAGAAAUCAUACCAGGUGGCAUAAUUGGCUGUUGUUUGAAUGGAAAGCGCUCUGGCACCAUUAGGAACAAAUCGGCAAAAGGUGAUAACUCGAUCAUAACUAAAGGCCUGGCCUAGAAACACUUGCCAACCAGCCGAGACACAGUCAGAUGGUAUUUUUAGUUUGAUUUAUUUUGAUCUGUAAUGAGAUUUUAGUAGGGCUGCAUGGAAUCCACUUUUUACAUGAGUGAUGAUUGUAUUCCUAAACUAAAAACCAUUGCCAAUACAGGACAGGGCCGUCACCAUCACAGGAUAAUGUAGUGGCUAGGGCGUUCUGGCGGUUCUGGGUUCGAUCCCGGGUAUAGAACAAGUGGGCUGAACAGCUCCAUCAGAAUACACCGUAAAUUUGUUUGGAAGAAAGCACCUCCUUAAUAACAUAAAAGUUUUAAAGGAAAGAUUAGCAUUGUCUCUUCAGAUCACAUUUUUAUAGAAUUUGCUUUCGGGGUGUUUUUUGUUGUUGUAAUAUCUGUUUGGUUUACUGUGAUGGAAAAUGUUAAAAUGUUUGUCUCUGGAGUAGCAGUGGCCUAUUUGAAUGUUUUACAGUUUACUUUUGCAUUUGAAUUUGAAAUUUAUUGUGAUCUUGUUUCAAAGAUCAGGAGUUAUAUUGUUUACUGAGUUGGUGCAAAGAGAGAAUUGUGCAGAACAUGCGUGCGCCAGUGUAAUUCAAUUAAAUAAACCAGUUGGACUCCAUCAUGUAUUAAAAAAAAAUAAAAGUCCAAAUGGAGCCCUGGA